UUGUUGUAGAUGUUUCAGUUGUUAUAAUUUUUGGAAAAUUAGUUGGUCUUGAUGGAAGUGUAUUAAUUGUUAUUGUGGGUGGUAGAUUAAUAGUUGUAGUUGGAGUAUUAAUUGUUGUUGUGGGUAGUAGAUUAAUAGUUGUAGUUGGAGUAUUAAUUGUUGUUAGAGGUUGUUUAUUAUCAUCAUCUUCGGGUAGAAGAAUUGGUGUUGAAUUUGCUGAUUUACGAAGACAAGUAGCAACUUUAACAUUUUCUUCAAUAUCAGCAAAUAAUAACAGAGAUAAGAUUGUAACAAUUUUUAAUAAUUUGGGUAUUAACCCACCUCAAGGUCAACAAUUAUCACAAUUAACAGUUGAUAAUUUACUUAAUAUGAUUACUACUGUAACUGUUGACAUUCAAAAUAUUGGUACAAUACCAAGAGAUUUAGAUAAUUUUGAUACUUUUUAA